AUGCGAUGCUUUUGCUUAUCUUGCCGAAGAAGAAGUGACGCCGCCGCCGCGAGUGGUGAUGAUUUUGCGCGAUCAUCCGUCGAAAAAGUAAAAGAAGACAAAGAAGAAGAAGAAGAAGAAGUGUGGUUCGACGCCAACGAGGUUUUCGUCGAAGAGAAGGAACACAACGGCGGAAGAGAGGCUGCCGCUGCUCCGUUUUCUUCUUCGUUCUCGUCAUCGAAACCAGCGUUGUUCAGAGGAGGAGUUUCUAAGUGGACGCAUGGACCUUUGCGGUUGGAAAACGCUCUGUCAUCGGCGACGAUCGAUGAAGAGUUACCGAUAAACGAUACGAGGGGUAUUGAAAUACGCACAAACGCGUUCGCGGGUAAACUUUUGGUUCGAUGUCGAGACGUUCCAUCGAGAGAAGGAGAUGAAGAAGGCAAUGACGUGACGAAGAAGUAUUUCGCGAAUAAGAAACGCACGUUUCAAACAGUCGUGCAAGGAAGAUUUUUACGAAAAGGCAUCAAGUGCUCCGAGGUAGUCACCGGGCACGAGUUCGAGAGCCGGUUUCGAAGAAUACCCGCGAGAUGGCUCGUGUCGACCGCUUUGAAAGUAAUUCGAAAACUGACGCCUGGUUUGGAAGCGAAUAUUACUGGAAAUAAGCCUUUCAUUUACGCGCCGUUGUGCGCGACUGCGCAGGUUUUGCGAGCAGAUGUUCCUGGGGAGGAACCGGACGUGACGACAGCCACCUCGUUUGCGGAAAAUACUCGAUUAUUAGGAAAGGCGUUUGAUCGUUGUGAGAGUGCUAUUUCAUCAAAGCAGAGGAAGAGACUCUUCAACAGUCCAGAGUUUGGUUCUAAAUACGAGUUUUUGCCAGAACUCGUGUAUACGUUUGAUUUUUACCAGCACAUUUUCGUUCCGUCGACGUUUGGUCUUCACAUAGGACCGAUGCUCAACGUAAAUUUACUCGGACACUUGCCGGAGUUUGAACCGCCUCAAAUUAUGGCCAAAAUCAUACGAGAAAAGAGAGGAAGCACAACAGGAGUUGGGGGAAAAGAAGGAGAUUUACGAGAGCGUCGUCGCCGGAUGUGUUGUUCAAUAUAG